UUUCACUUGUCCGAUGGAUCUUGAACGCAACAUCAAUCCAGCACAAGGGGCAGGACAACAUGGCUGCCGCUGCCGGCCGAUUCUACGGAGAAGGAGGCAGAGCAACUAAACGACAGAAAACCGAAGACGGAGGGAUGACCACGGAGGGUUACGAAGAUCCCCAUAAACCUCUGCCGUCCCCGGUGGUGCACAUCAGGGGCUUGGUUGAUGGUGUUGUGGAGACUGACUUGGUGGAAGCCUUGCAAGAAUUUGGGACCGUAAGCUCUGUGGUAAUGAUGCCCAAGAAGCGCCAGGCCUUGGUGGAGUAUGAGGACAUGAAUGCCUCGUGUAAUGCUGUUACUUAUGCAGCAGAAAACCAGGUUUACAUUGCAGGCCACCCUGCCUUCAUUAACUAUUCCACAAGUCAAAAGAUCUCCCGGCCAGGAGAUUCUGACGAUACCCGGAGUGUCAACAAUGUGUUGCUACUGACCAUCAUCAACCCCAUCUACCCCAUCACCACGGAUGUGUUGUACACCAUAUGUAACAACUGUGGUCCUGUACAACGGAUUGUCAUCUUCAGGAAAAAUGGUGUUCAAGCCAUGGUUGAAUUUGACUCAGUCCAAAGUGCCCAGAGGGCAAAAGCCUCACUCAAUGGGGCCGACAUCUAUUCCGGUUGCUGCACACUCAAGAUUGAAUAUGCUAAGCCAACACGCCUAAAUGUCUUCAAGAAUGACCAGGACACCUGGGACUACACAAACCCUAACCUUAGUGGACAAGAUGCUGAUGGUGAUGGCAAUUGGAACAAUUCACAAGAUCCUAAUGCGAACCCAAACAAACGGCAGAGGCAGCCUGCUCUACUUGGGGACCACCCACCGGAUUAUGGUGGACCUCAGGGAGGCUAUCACAGCUACAGUGAUGACAGCUAUGGACCUCCCCACCGAUUGGGUAUGGGUGGACGUGGUCGUGGCAAUCAGCGCUAUGGCGCCGGAUACGGGCCGCCACCCCCUGAAUACGGCGCUCAUGCGGACUCACCUGUACUUAUGGUAUAUGGUCUUGAGCCCUCAAAGAUCAAUGCUGACAAGGUCUUUAACAUCUUCUGCCUCUAUGGAAACGUGGAGAGGGUGAAGUUCAUGAAGAGCAAACCUGGAGCUGCCAUGGUCGAGAUGGGUGACUGCUAUUCUGUGGACAGGGCCAUCUCUCAUUUGAACAACAACUUCCUUUUUGGACAAAAACUCAAUGUCUGUGUAUCCAAGCAGCAGGCUAUAGUACCUGGACAGAGCUACCAGUUAGAAGACAACAGCAGUAGCUUCAAAGACUUCCAUGGUUCUCGCAACAACCGAUUCACCUCACCAGAGCAGGCAGCUAAGAACCGAAUUCAGCACCCUACCAACGUCCUGCAUUUUUUUAAUGCACAACCUGACAUCUCUGAGGAGAUCUUCGACCAGGUCUGCGAUGAAUUGGGAAUUAAGAGUCCUGCAAGUGUGAAACUUUUCACUGGGAAGAGUGAGAGAAGUUCAUCAGGCUUGCUCGAAUGGGAAUCCAUAAAUGAUGCCAUGGAAGCCCUGGCAAUGAUGAACCAUCAUCAGAUGAAAAACCCCAGUGGGCCUUACCCUUACACUCUUAAGUUGUGUUUCUCAACCACCCACCAUACCGCCAGCUAAAUACAACCCCUUCAAAAAAUGUGUCAAAUUUUAUUUCUUUGUAUAAACUAUAAUGUAGUUCUGUACUUGUCUCAUUAAAAUGUUCACUCAUUUUUGACACAAAUAGGAUAUUGUGCUUUACUACUUUUUUUAAGUGUUUAGAGUAUUAGACAUAUUCAUUCAACCCUCAAUCUGAUUUCGAGGUGCAUGAUAUUAGAAAAAGAUGUGAUAUGGGUAUUUAUUAACACAAUAUCGAUAUUAUUGUCAUUUCUACCAUGCCAAGAAAUAUUUUUAUUGUCUUAAAUACAUGUUUAAUAACGGAAAAAUUAGUAGGAUACAUGUAUGAUCAAAAUAAAUGAGGCUAAACAAUGAAAUAUCACAAACAUUUCAACUUAAAAGCUGUGUAAUGAACAAAUUGCAAUCUUGUUUGCUUGGAAAUGAUCACGUAAUUCAUAGUUAACGUUAACAUUUUGGUAAUAGAUCAGGAAACACGAGAAGUUCAAUUUUGCAGCUGUGAACUGUGAGCAAAUUAAAAACUUGUACAGGCCAUACAAGUGUAACCAUACAAUACCAUAAAACACAAUACAUGUAAUAAACACAUCUGGAAUUCAGUUUAUUAAUGUUUUUUCAAGUGUGAAAUGUGCUUGCAUUUUGAAUUGUUAAGGAUUUGAAAAUGUUAAAACAUGACUUGGAAAUCGGUUUGGGAAAAGUUUUCAAAAUCUGACCUUGGAAAGCGUUUGCAACUUUGGGUGGUCGAAUAUUCUACAUCAUGGUAUAAAGAGAAAGCACCUUCAAAUGCGUUACAUAUGUAUCUACUAUUUGUUUGUUUUUAAGUGAUUUAAACACCUUUAUCAUGUAUUCCUGACUGGAUUUAGUUUUUUUUUUUUUUGUAGAUUGAAAAAUAAAGAAUUUCGUGUAUAAUGAUGAAAAAACAUGGAUACAAGCCGAUAUUUUGGGGGCAGACGUUUUAUCGGUGCAGAUACUAUUUUAGCCAACCUAGUGCAAUCGUCUCAGAUUGCCAGCCAUUCUUUGUUCCAUCAUCAAUAUCCAUUAUUACAUGCACCUGCAUUCGCGUCUGUCAGUAUGCAUAUGCGUGGGUAUAAUGGACUUCACAAAUAGUUUACGCUAGUAAGCACUUUCAUUUUUGGUGUUUAAACAUUGUCAGAGGGCCAAGAAAUUUACAGUAAAUGUAACUGUCUUUUACAUGAAGGAAUAUCAUAUAGUGUACUGUAUAACAGUGCUGGAUGAAGUGCUUACUUUUUUUUGGUUUUUGUUUUUUUAAGUAAAAGUACAGAUUCAGGUGCAAAAAUAAGUAAAAGUACAAGUAUUUAGGAAAAAAGUUUACUCAAGUAAAAGUACAAAAGCACUUGCUUUAAAAUAUACAAGUAAAAAAAAAAAGUAUUUUCUCCCGAUGCAAAAAAUGUAAUGUACGUCUAUAUCAGGGGUUCCCAAACUAUUCCACAUCAGGCCGCUGUGGGUGCUGGAUUUCUUUCCAACAAAACAGAACGACAUGUGGUGUUUUACAAGUGUAAUCAGUUGAUUGUUGUCAGGUGCUGCUUGUUUUUGCAGAAACCUCAUUGGUUAAAUCAGACAUGUCCAAAGUCCGGCCCGGGGGCCAAAUUCGGCUCUAGGUCAAAUUUCAUCCGGCCCCCAGCCUGUGUCAUAAAAUCAAUAACGUAUGGCCCGCACACAAACUUAAUAAAUUGGUCAGCAGUACUAAUACCAGCAUAUGAAGUAGCGUACACACUAAAUUUACCCACUAAAAGUCAGCAGCACUCCAAGCAACAUUACCCCUUGUGACCCUAUACUUCCAAUUUUCUAAAAUGGCGACAAUAAACAAAAAAACAACAACUGAGCAACAACUGUGUCUGCCUCAUUUGCAAAGAGACAGUCGCUGUUUUUAAGGAGCUUGAUGUGAGACGAUAUUACCAAACAAGACACGCUGACAUGUACGACUAGAUUACAGGGAAGAUGCUCAGCGAGAAGAUGAAGCAACUUGAAACUACUUUAAUUUCACACCAGCAUUCUUUCGCAAGAGCCCGAGAGUCGAAAGAGAAUGCCACAGUGGCUAGUUGCGAGAUUGUUGAAAUUAUGAAUUAAAAAAAUAAUAAAGUAAAUGUGACACACAGAAUGGCUUUCUAAAAUUUGCUUAAAUAUAUUGUUCUACGUAAAGGACGUCAGCCAAGGUCGGCCCCCCACAUUUUUACCUCAAAAAAUCUGGCCCCCUUUGCAAAAAGUUUGGACACCCCUGGGAUAAAUGGUCUACGCUCGAUCGGUAGGAACAAAAACCCGGACCCACAGGGGUCCUUGAGGACCGGUUUGGGAACCACUGGUCUAUAUUAACAUAUACUAUAUAUAUUAGGGCUGUCAAACGAUUAAAAUUUUUAAUCGAGUUAAUCACAGCUUAAAAAUUAAUCUUAAUUAAUCGCAAUUCAUACCAUCUCUAAAAUAUGCCAUAUUUUUCUGUAAAUUAUUUUUGGAAUGGAAAGAGUACACACAAGACGGAUAUAUACAUUCAACAUACUGUACAUAAGUACUGUAUUUGUAGAUUAUAACAAUAAAUCCACAAUAUGGCAUUAACAUUCUUUCUGUUGAAGUCAUUUUCUUUUUCUCUACAAAAACAAACACACAACAGAGCCUUAGAACAGUAACAAAAACAGUAUUAUUUAUAAUGUGUGCAAAGUGUGUAGUGUACACAUAAAUGUUGCUCUCUUCUCUAUUCAUCCUCUAGCCAGUCGCUGAGGCAAACCAACUUAUUUACAUUUUCUGAGAGUUGUUCCAUCUAUAUUCUUUUUUAAUUUGAAUUCCCCAUCCAGAGGACCAACCUGCUUUUCUUCCAUGUUUACAUUUAACCGUUACCCACGCUGCUCACUGCACUUCAGAGUGGUGCGACAGCCCUGGCCGUUUGUUAUCUUUUUUGAGACUGUCAGUCAGCUGAUGGUCGCGUCCGCCAGCUUGCUGCCUCCCCUCCCAACGUGACGUACUCUGAUUGACCCCGGACGGGAAGACGAUGUUGCCGCCGCUGAUGGUCCACCCGAGGAAGGGUGCCAGCUUCAAGAACCAGUGGCUGUCAACACUCAUUAUGUGGUUCCUUUUUUUUUUUUUUAAAUUUAAUAGACAUUGACACCUUUUUAAAACGAUAUCUUGAUUCUUGC